UGGUGUCUCGCGUCUGGUUGCCAACACGAUGACAUUUACGUCAUCUGCCAUUACCUUGCUGACGUUGCUGACCGUGGACUUACCUCCCGUUCGCUCUGGGCCCUCUGGGCACAGGCGGCACAGGCUGUGGAUGCUCUCGUGCUCUCGUGGCUCUCGUGCGCUCUGGUACUCUUUGGUGGAUGUCAUCAACGGUCAUCAAUAGUAAUAUGCCAGGUGGGAAUAAGUGCUCAAUCAUACUGCGAGUUGUCGGGACGUACUGAGCCAGUAAUAGGAGAUGUGAUUGUAGCAUUAGUGAAUAUGGGCCUGCCUUUGGAUGGCAUUGAAAUGCAUGCCAGAAGACCAGGACGGACAAUGUUGUCUGCUCCGGUGCCAUCAACUCAACCUAAACAGCUGAGCAUCUUGCAGGCCGGUGUAAAGCAGCCGCAUCCCCCACACAUUCCAAUAAAUCUUCCACAGUUUCCUGACCCACAUGCCUACAUACGCACACCAACUCAUAAACAACCAGUGACAGAGUAUGAGGCCAUCAGAGAGAAGUCUGCAUCCCAGAAGCGAGACACUGAACGAGCAUUGACAAGAUUUGUGGCAAAGACCAGUGAGACCCAUUCGCUAUUCCUCACAGAAGAUACAAUGUUUCCAUUGGUGGCUUGUAAACCACACAGGCCCCCUUAUCUCAAAGCACUGCUGCCAUCUGACCAGGUGUUUGAGUUUGAGGAUGAAUUCUCCAUACCCUCCUGCCCAACUCGCGGUGGUCCAGGUCCCAGUAGGAAGGUUCGUAGUGAUGCAGAGGGAGAAGAGGAGGAGAACUUAGAGGAAGGGAAGGAGAAUGCAGAAGAGGGGAAGGGAGGGGAAAUAGACACCAUCGACAACCCUUACCUACGUCCAAUCAAGCUGCCGCGCAAGAAGAAACCCAAGAUAUGAUGACAGAAAUAAUCAUACCAUUGACUGUAUCAGUUUUGAUUACAGUGACCAAGGUAUGAGGAUAGUGAAGUUAAUUUUUAGUGAAUAAAGCUAUUUAUGGUAGGGCAAUUCUCUUUGCUGAAAUAAGAGAGAACUACUCUUUUGUCCAGUGAGACUGAUAUUAUUUUUGGUAAGACAUUGCUUGUUGGACUAAAUGUGGACAAAUAUUGUUUUCCAUCACAAAUGUGAAUGUUGUCAGUUGUUAGGUUUUUUAAUUUGUGAGUUGUGAUACAAUAAAACUUACUUGUAAACAGGAA